UAGCCCACUGUGUGAUGCGCACACCGAGCAUACAGAUGAUGACUACGAGCCUUUAUGUGCUGUGCGCGGCGGCAGCGCAUAAAAAUGCAGUUGCUAAAAAAGCGAAGUAGGAAAAAACAGACAAUGAUAAACCAAUGAUGCGCCAGGAUGUGUUGCCCGGUCGGUUCUGCGUGUUGGUACAUACCUCGUUUGUUCCUUGUUUGGACGGUUUCUUUUAUAUUCAUCAAUCAGCAGGCUGAUGCUGGCUGAAGCAGGUUGAUGCUGUAUGUCAGGAUUGUGAGAAAAUGUUGUUUGUAAAGAUAACCAGCCAGUCUGCAUGUCUCCCAUUGUACUCGACUGUUCGUGAUUCCCUGCUUCUUUGGACAACAGAGACAUUUUGGAUUUGUUUUAAUCUGUUGUGCUUCUGUGAUGGACAAGCCAGCCAGCCCGCUUACUGGCCAAAUAAAUAGACUACACGUGAAACCAAUUGCAGACCUGGUCCGAUAUGACUCGUAGGCUACUCUCUUCUGAGAAUGAUGUUUUUUUAGAGUAUUUUUUUGACUGGGAUAUUAUUUUUUUGACUGGGAUAUUAUUUUCCGCGGAAUUGCCUAUAUGGGUCGGUUCUAUGCAGCCAUUUGUAAAGAUCUGCUGUAGGUUUUGCGCUCAGACAUGUUCGGACCGAGUGGAAAGUGCAGAUGGAGUUUCGCUCUCUCCAUGGUUUUAUCAGUCUGUAGUGUAUUCAUUUUCUGUGAAUAUUUGAUAUACUUUCCAGCAAUUAUGCAAUGUUCGUGGCCCGAGAUGAAGAACGACAAAAUCUCUCAGUCACCUCUACGCACUUUGUUUUUAUCGGAUACACAUCUUUUGGGAGCCAUAAAGGGCCACUGGUUCGACAAACUGAGACGAGAGUGGCAGAUGGAGCGAGCAUUUCAGACAGCCCUGUGGGUCCUAAAGCCGGAGAUCAUCUUCAUUUUGGGAGACAUUUUUGAUGAGGGAAAGUGGAGCUCCACUAAGGACUGGGAGGAUGACGUGAGGCGUUUCAAACAGAUCUUCCGCCACCCGAGUGACACCGAGCUCAUUGUAAUCAUCGGUAACCAUGACAUCGGCUUCCACCAUGAAAUGACCUGGCACAAACUCCAACGCUUUGAGCAGGUGUUCAACGUCACCUCGGCGAGGAUUCUCAGCCGCCGAGGAGUGAAUUUCGUGUUGGUAAAUAGCAUGGCGCUGCACGGUGACCACUGUCCCAUCUGCCGGAGUGUGGAGAACGAGCUUCAUAGGCUCUCCACAGCACUCAACUGCUCCAUACAGGAGCAUCAGUCGGAGGGCAUGAAGAGACGUUGCCAGGAGACACAAACGUUCCCUGCCACCCCGCCCAUUAUAUUGCAGCAUUACCCCCUGUACCGGGAGAGUGAUGCAGGAUGCACAGGACUAGAUGCUGCUCCCCUGGAAGAGCGCCACCAGCUGUUUCAAGAGCGCUAUGACGUGCUCUCCCAAGAGGCUUCCCAGAGGCUGCUGUGGUGGUUCCAGCCCCGCCUCAUUCUCAGUGGCCACACCCACAGCGCCUGUGAGGUUGUCCAUGACGACAAGGUGCCGGAGAUUAGCGUUCCGUCCUUCAGCUGGAGGAACCGAAACAACCCCAGCUUCAUCCUGGGGACGUUCUCAACGACUGACCACCGUCUCUCCAAGUGUUUCCUGCCGGAGGAGAGCAGCGUGAUCGCCCUCUACUGCGGCAGCGCCAUGGCCCUGCUACUGCUGGCACUCGGACACUUCCACCUGUUCAGGGGCGCGCUUAAUUUCAGCAGCCUCAUAGACAAGCACAAGCCCCUGUGAGCCCCCCCAUCCCGACUCCAUACCAGAAGCCUGAUGGAGGAGUUCAAACCCCUGUGAUAUCCUCCCUGACUCCAUAUGAAAAGGCUGUAGGGGGAAGCACAAGCCCCUGUGAUGCCCCUUCCCCACCAUCCCUCCCUGACUCCAUACAGUAAGCAUGAUGGAGGAGUACAAGCCCCCGUGACACCAUAACAAAUCCCACUGAGAAGGGUGCACAAACCCCUGUGAUAUCCUCCCCGACUCUGGGGACUCGAGGCUGUUGGGGAAAGCACAAGCCCUGAACUGAAGCCCUGUUCUGUGUAGAGAGAUGGAACUUUAAACUUUAGCUAAGGCGUUAGCACUUGUUUCAUGCUUCAUUUGCACCUUAAAACAUUGCAGCGUAUGCAUGCACAGACCACACAAGCUGCGCUUUUCUAGCUCCUACAUAUGAGUUUAUGGGAAGGUCGAGAAAAAAGGGAGGAGAGUUAAGAGUGAUCGAUUAGGUAUUCCGUCAUAUGUAUGAAAACAGCACACCUAGAUUUGACUGAAUCAUUUCCGCCUUUUAAAAGCCGAUGUAAUCCAGAUUGCAGUUAAAUGCAUCAGUAGAACCAAUAGUCGGAGCACCAGUGCUUCUCUAAACCAUGUCAAAAGGAACUUUUACUGUCACCUUCUCACAUCAUCCACUUCCCAAGGCUAUGCCUGCUAGACUAUUAUGUUUGUGUUUAUGGUUUUAAGCAGACGCAGGGGCCAAAAAGCGAUGUAGGCCUACAAUAGUGAUAAACAUCAUCAUAAACAAUUAAGUUUAAAGUGGUCAUAGACCUAUAGCCUAGAGACCUACAUCAAAGCCCAUUGACGUCCGUUUCCAAAUCACCAAAAACCCAGGAAUGUGUUCUUUCUUUAAAAUU